UGAUACAGCAGAAAUCACACACUGGCACAGGCACACCGGCGACGGAGGGAGGCGAGGACCGUAGGCUUGAAGAAACUUGGCUUAUUGGGAAGCAUUUCGGUCGUUGAAUCAUCCAAGGGGCUAUCCCACCGUGCCCCUGGUGGCCCCUCCCCCCGUCCUCAGGCAAAGCCUCCCCCAAACCCCUUUCCCUGUUGGGAUCAACCCCCUCACCCCUUACCUUCCCUCCUCUUCCUCCCUCCCUUCUACCCAUCGUCCCCGGACUCCAAGCAUCCUCCACUGCAGUAAGACCUCCUCAUUAUCCCUGCCAAGCUGUCGGACAUGUCAGGACCCGUGCCGAGCCGGGCCAGAGUGUACACCGAGGUCAACACUCACCGGCCAAGGGAGUACUGGGACUAUGAGUCCCAUGUGGUUGAAUGGGGGAACCAGGACGAUUUUCAGUUGGUGCGGAAGUUAGGGCGUGGCAAGUAUAGUGAAGUCUUUGAGGCAAUCAACAUUACCAAUAAUGAGAAGGUGGUGGUGAAGAUACUCAAGCCCGUGAAGAAAAAGAAAAUCAAGCGUGAGAUCAAGAUUUUGGAAAACCUUCGCGGCGGUCCGAACAUAAUCUCACUCAUCGAUAUUGUCAAAGACCCUGUUUCCCGGACACCUGCCUUGGUCUUUGAACAUGUUAACAACACAGACUUCAAGCAACUGUACCAGACCCUGACCGACUAUGACAUCCGGUUCUACAUGUAUGAGAUCCUCAAGGCCCUGGAUUACUGUCACAGCAUGGGGAUCAUGCAUAGAGAUGUAAAGCCACAUAACGUGAUGAUUGAUCAUGAGCACCGCAAGUUGCGCCUUAUUGACUGGGGCCUGGCUGAGUUUUACCACCCGGGACAGGAGUACAACGUCAGAGUGGCCUCGCGCUACUUUAAAGGGCCUGAGCUCUUGGUGGACUAUCAG